UAGCAAGGAGAAACCAAGAGAGAGAAGAAAGAAAAGAAGAAGGAGAGGGCUUGGUUCCUGUUUGUUAAACAUCAAGAUGAGAACCGUCUUUGCUUUCCUUACCCUCUUAUCACUUCUUCUGUUUGCUGGCAGAGAUGUGGUUGCAAUUAGGAAAGACCUUGGAGGAUACUGGAAGAAUGUGAUGGAUAGCCAAGCAAUGCCAGAAGCAAUUCAAGGUCGUAUGCAUCCACAAACAGGAAAAGGGGCUUAUUUUGCCAAGGAUUUCGAUCCUGCAUCGCACGCUGCAGCAAACAUAAGAUGGAUUGCUGGAGAAGCGAUGAAGGAAGACCAUUUGCCAAGCUCCAGCUCUAGGCCUAAUGCGGAGAAGAACUCACCAAUUAGCAAAGCCAAGCCUUAAUUAAUUAGCAUUAAUAGUAAGGACUUUGAGCCAAAUGUUCAUAUCUUAUAGGCUCUGAAUAAGGCAGAAUACUAUAACCCGUCAGUGUGUAAUGAAUAAAUAUUUGUGCUCGAUCGUCCUACGCUGUAUUUGGAGUAAGUGCUUCCCUAGUGACUGGAAAUAUCCAAACUUUAAGCUAACCAAGACGGCGUCUAGUGAUUAAGCGAGCAGUUGAGGAAGUUAUGUCUUCCUCUUUCAGUUUCUGAUAAGUGUGUAUUUAUUUAUCUUUGACAUGUAUCUGUUUUUUUUUUUUUUUUUUUUGGAGAUAUGAAGGAGAUUAUUAUUUAUGCUUUUUUUA